AAUGCAAGUUUUGUGAACUGUUUUCCCCACGCAUUUAUAACAAUCAAACUAGCUAUAGGUAAGCUAACCACAACUUGGUGAAAAUGGUUCUGUCAGUUAUGCUACCAGUGGUUAAGGAGAGUAUUAACCGGCUAUUGAGAAAACGGUCCUUAGUAUGUUCUUUUGGACUUUUCUUUUAUAAGGCGCUCAGUGAGUUUUCACAUCUAAGACACUUACUUAUCACUUUCACAUACCAAAACCUCAUAUCUCGUUAUAAUAACAUUCAUACUCAAUAUGACAACAUCAACAAAAAAAUUGUAUGUACCUAUUGGCUUGCAAAUAUAUGGAAAUCAGUUUCAGAAAGUUUUAAGUGUGAAUGUACAUUAGCUUAAUGGUUGAUACAAUAAAAUCUAAAUACAACGCUGUUUACUAUCGGAAUGUGUAUCGAUACUUUUAGUGACAUCAACAUGUUUGAAAUCAAAUUUACAACUGAAAAGUAAUAAAACGCGGUGAAUAUUUGAAGUUGUAAAUUUUUGUGUGUGCAAUAAGUUUGUGGAAAUAAAAGCAGUUAUUAAAUUUUAUACACAAAGAAGUAACGGGAGAAAAUCUGUAAAAUGGCUGACUUUGAAGGGGAGAAUCUGGAGCUGCAAAGGGUAAUGGCAGAAAAUGUUAACGAUCUUGCUUCAAUAUGGACGGAAAUGUUUGAUGAAGAAAUGUGUUUAUAUAAUUUUAAAAAACUAAAGGAACAUGUGAAAACAUUUUUUACGGAAUUGAUAGAAGAGUCCUUGCAAAGAAAGGGACUUAUAGAAAAUGAAAUAGAAGAGUUACACAAAGAAGCAGAUAUGCUUUGUCGUUUAUUGAAAACAGAUGUAGAUUUCCCAAGAAUUGAUGAAAAAAAUGUACCGUUGUUGGUUCUACAGUCAAAAAUGGAUAAAAGUUUAACUGAAUUGCGAGAUCAAUUACGGCGGCGCCGUGAUGAAAUUUGCGAGCUUUUACUUGAGCAAGAAGGUCUAUGUGAAGAGUUGGGCGAAGCUCCUCGUCCUCUUUUGGCUGAUCCUUUACCUUCAGAAGAAGAAAUUUUGGAAUUUCGUACUCACUUAGACCAACUAAAGAUGGAGCGUAUGGAACGCUUGAAUGAGAUGUCUGUAUUACGCCGGGAGAUAAAAAAUUACUUAAAUAUAUUGGAGACACAAGUUAAUACAGACACGGAAGACAGACUAUUAAAUCACAGACAAAUUAAACUCAAUGAAGAGACUUUUAAAGCGCUCAGGCGUAUGCAAGAAUUAUACGGGACGCGUGUAAAAAUCUUGUCAGAGCGUAUAGAUAGUAUGCGUAAUAAAUUAGAGUCCCUUUGGGGGCGCUUGAAAACAUCGCCAAAUACUCGAAAUAAAUUUAAACGUAAUACAGAAUAUAACCAGCGAACAUAUAAUGUACUUAAAGACGAACUGCAACGAUGCGAAUCUUUACAAAGUCAAAAUAUAAAAGAAUGCCUCCAACAAAUCCGUGCCGAGAUUGUUGAAUGGUGGGAUAAAACUCUUAAAUCGGAAACGGAGAGGAAUCGUUUUUCUAACUUUCACAAUAAUUGCUAUACAGAGGAUCUAUUAGUAUUACAUGAAAUUGAGUUGGAGGAUAUAAAACGAUUCUACGAUAAUAAUCAUCAGAUAUUUGAACUUUACGAUAAUAGGAGAUUGUUAUGGGAUCGAAUGAUUGCGCUCGAAGCUAAAGCUUCAGAUCCAGGCCGGUAUAACAACCGUGGGGGCCAAUUACUUAAAGAAGAAAAGGAACGCAAAACAAUCGCUACUAAAUUGCCGAAAAUUGAGCAACAAAUUCGAGAGUUAGUUGUUGCUUUCGAAGAAAAAGAGCAUCAGGAGUUUCGUGUUUAUGGCGAAAAUAUUUUAGAGUUAAUGGAAAAAGAAUGGGAGAUGAAACGUCAAGAAAAGGAGAAAAUUAGCAGUGCACGUAAAAAUGCUCAAACGCCUCACCCAGUUACUGGUCGUACACCUAUGUCAGCAAAAAACGGUUCAAUGAUUUCAAUGCGUAAAGCCCCCUCUAAUACUAACUUAUCAGCACUUCCGUCUGCCUCUGCCAAUUCAGCGAGAAAACGGAAACUGCUUCAAAAUGAAAGAAAUACUCCGUUGCCUAAACGAAGUUUAGUUUUUCCGCCUAACAGUCCUAGCGUUUUUUCAAAACCAAUGACGAACGCUCGUAAUACAGGCUUAUCUUCUGCUGGAGUUAAGUUAUCAACAAAGUCGUUUAAAUCGCCUCUAAAGAAAUCGCGAGUUAUUGCAACCACGAUACGUCGUAGAUCGGGCCGUCAAAGUUCUGGAAACAAAAAGCGAUCUUCCUUGAGUAAGACCGUAAAGAAAAAUACAGUUGCUACACCAAAAAUUCUUAUCAAUGAUGGCUCAGAUUGGAACACUGAUACAGAUGAUGCAUAUGAUUCCUUCCAAAAAAGCAUUGAUCCCGAUUCACGUUCUUCUAUAAUACACACGGCUUUUUCACGCGUUGCAGCCUCAUCGACUAUUUCGACUCGGUCCAAACGAAUUCAUCCUAGUGAUAGCUGUGUUGUACACUUGCCUAAUCCCCGCGCUGGGUUCCAUCAUCCACUCACACCGUCCAAAAUGUCGCCUGCAGCAAGCAGCCGAAAACUUACCACGAAAAAUUUACCUAUUAUAAUUUGAAAUAUUUGCCGUUAAUGAUUUAAGUUUCUUAUAUAUAAUUUGUAAUUACUGAUGUUAGAUUCUUUGACCUUUUUGUAUUUUUUUUUUUUUUUUUUAUAAUUAAGAUUUUUUCUAAUGUUUUUGAAACUUGGACGCUUGUUAUUGUAAUGAGGUUUUUAUCAUAGGGCUUUUGGUGAUUGGACAAAAAAGGGGCUACUCAAUAAAAAUUUUUUUUUAAAUUUCGAAAUAACUAAAGUUUUCGCAAUAAAUGUUUUAUGCAUUGAA